AUGUCAGAAGAACAAUCCCAGUGGACAUUUGUUGGUCUUGUCUCCUCAUUUCCCGAUAUCAGUCAUGAUAACGAGAAAUGUCAUGUCCUCCCAGGAUGCAAAACACUCAGUAUACCCAGACAAGACGUUGGAAAUACACGAAUGAAUCGACUAUCCAAUCUGAAUGAUCAAGUCCUAGUUUUCAAGUACAAGGGAUUCAUUCAUGCCAUUGACAAUCAAUGCCCGCAUUCCUCUUUUCCAUUGAAGGAAGGCAAUGUCUUUGAUAUUGAAGAUCUCGGCACGGCUGGUAUUCGGUGCUUUCGGCAUGGAUGGCGCUUUGACCUUUUCACGGGGAAGGGGGAUGGUGGACCUCACACGCUGAAUCUGUGGGAUAUUGAGCUUCGGGAUUCGUCUUCUCUUGAGGUCGGCACUCCAGGAAAGAUUGAAAAAGAGGUUUGGGUGAAGAGGCCUCCGCGGAAUUGA